AUGAGCACUUCUUCCGGAUUUCACAUUAAGAGCUCUUUGCCUCUCAAAGUUCCUGGAGAAUCUAAGGCGAAGAAGCAAGAGGUCCUUAAAACAGCUCAGGCUGCAAAAGAUGUUCUAAUUGAGAAGGAGAGUUUCAAGGUUCUGGCAAAGCACCUCUUAGACAUCGAAUCAGUGUUAAAGGAACUGCAGCUUCAGAAAUUGGAUGACUCUGGAGCUGCCAGGCAAGCACUUGAAACCCUUGAAGCAGAUGUCAAGAAGGCAAAUAAUUUGGUUGAGAAGUAUAAAAACCGGGCUCGUUUCUACUUACUGGUGAAGUGCCGUCAUAUUGUAAAUGAGGUGCAAGAAGUCACUAGGGAUAUCGGCAAGUCUUUGUCUGCACUAUCACUUGCAAAUACUGAAGUCCUUGCAGGGAUAUCUGACCAGAUGAAUAGGCUGCAGGAUGAAAUGCGAAGGGCUGAAUUUGAAGCUUCACAUUCUCAGCUUCAGAUUGUUGACAGGUUAAACCAGGGUCUGCGUGAUCAGAAACUUGACCAGUGUUUCGCAAAUGACAUGCUGGAAGAAAUAGCCAGGGCUGUUGGCAUACCUGUAGAACCUUCAGAGAUAAGCAAAGAGCUAGCAAGCUUUAGAAGGGAAAAAGAAGAAGCUGCCAAUAGGAAAGAAAGAGCUGAAGUUCUGUUCUUGGAGCAGGUUAUUGAGUUGCUUUCUCAUGCUGAUGCUGCAAGAGAUUAUGAAGAAAUCAAGAAGCAGUAUUUUAUGAGGCUUCAGGUUGUUGAGCGGUUUGAUGAUAGGGAAGAAUAUAUUACUCCACUUACUGCUUUCCUUUGUCGUAUAAAUGGGACUGUGAUGACCGAUCCUGUUAGCCUUUGUACUGGUACUACCUGUGAGAGAGCUGCCAUUGAAGCCUGGUUUGACCGUGGAGAUAGAACCGACCCUGAAACAGGUGAGAUUCUUGAAGAUACAACUUUGAGAUCUAACCUUCCGCUCAGACAAUCAAUUGAAGAAUGGAGAGAACUCAAUUAUUGCCUCAGAAUCAGAGCUUCUAAGGCAAAGUUGUUAGCAAGUGUUGACUCGUCUGUAGAAGAGGUCCUGAGUCAAAUGCAGGAUCUGAUGAGAGAAAAUUCAAUAAACAAGGAUUGGAUCUCCAUAGGAGGUCUUACAGAUAUCGUGAUAUCUAUUCUUGGGACCUCUCAUAACAAAGAAGAGAAGAGGAAGAUCUUAGUAACCUUAAAAGAUCUCGUCAAAGGGCAUGCAAGAAAUAAGAGCUUCUAUGAUCAUUCGGAUGCUGGGAUGCAACAAUAUGUGCAAGCAGCUUUUGUGUUUGUUUUGAAUAUAGAAAAAUUGGUCGACUAUGGAGGGUGGGAUCAUGUUAUUCCAUGCUUAGGACGCGAUCCAAGCAUCUCGAAGGCUGCAGUGGAAUUGCUAUAUGAGUUACUGCAAGAGAGGUCUGGUUGGAAUGUGUCUAUUUGCAGGAAACUCUCUCAACAGGGCAGUGCAAUUCUAUUCCUUGUCACUCUUUUAAAAGGUCAAGUCAGGGAGUCAGCUGUUUAUGCAGAAAAAAUCUUGAACAAACUUGUUGAAAUUGACGAGGAGAACAUUUCUUGGGCUGCAAAAUCAGGCUGGUAUAAACCACUCAUCGAUCGGAUUGUACAAGGGCCUGACUCUUCAAGGAUAUCAAUGGUCCGAGCUUUAGUUAAUAUGGAAUUGGUUGAUUCAGACUUAAAGAUCCUUGGUGAGGAAGGGAUUUUACCUAGUUUGCUUCAAAUGUUAGUAUCUGGGAAUUUGGAAUCAAAAGAGUUAUCUUUGUCUGCCCUGGUUAAACUCUCUGAUUGCACUGCCAAUAAAGAGCUUAUCGCUGCUGCUGCUGGGCUUCCGCUUGUCAUCAAUCUAAUGUUUUCUGCUCCUAUGCAUUCAAUGAUUAUCGUGAAAUGUUCAGAAAUCUUGGAGAAAUUCUCUUGUGAUGAUGAUGGAAUUAAAUUCUUUAUUGAUGAAAAUGGGGCCCAACUUGAAUUAGAACCUAUUGUCAGCGAUUUGUUAGCUUUGCAACAGAUUGCCCACUCAUCCCACAAUGUUCGGAGGCCUGCUUUGCGUGCACUUCUUGGAAUUUGCAAGUUUGAUGCAGGUUUGGUUAAAACUGCAGUUCUCACUGCUAAAGGCGUUUCUCUUGUACUUCCUCUUCUUGAUGACACCAACUCAGAAAUUCGUGAAAUUGCCAUAAAUCUUCUCUCUCUGUUCUCUCACCAUGAACCACAAGGAGUGGUGGAAUACCUUCUUAAGCCUAAAAGGCUCGAGGCUUUAGUGGGGUUUCUUGAGAAUGAUGACAAGAGUGAUGUACAAAUGGCUGCUGCUGGUUUAUUAGCCAAUCUCCCGAAAUCUGAAGUCGCCGUAACCAUGAAGCUAAUUGAACUGGAUGGGCUUAAUGCCCUCAUAAACAUUAUAAGGACAGGGACCAUGGAAGCAAAGGAAAAUGCUCUAAGUGCACUCUUCAGGUUCACAGAUCCUGCAAAUCUCGAGUCACAGCGGAUUGUGGUAGAACAAGGAGCUUACCCUUUGUUUGUAGACUUACUGACAUUUGGCUCAGUAGUGGCAAAAGCAAGAGCGGCAGCACUCAUUGGUGAUCUUUCCAUAAGCAGUCGGGAGCUUGUUGUUGUGUCCAAAGCAAGAGGAUGUUCGUGUUUUCGGCCAACACGUCCUCAUUUAUGUCCAGCUCAUGGGGGUAUCUGCAGUGUGAAAUCUACAUUUUGUCUCAUGGAGGCAAAUGCUCUACCCGUCCUGGUAAAGCUCUUACGAGAAAGGAAUCAUGCAAUUGCUCACGAAGCAAUUCAGACACUCUCCACGCUGGUCCAGGAAGGCUCUCCUAACAGAGGAGCAAAUGUCUUGCAUGAGGCUGAUGCCAUAAAACCCGUCCUGGAUAUUUUCACCUCGGGAACAAAUUCUCUGAAGGAAGAGGCUUUGGGACUUUUGGAGAAGGUAUUUUUGUCGAGAGAAAUGGUGGAACACUAUGGACCAUCAGCCAGGUUAAUUCUUGUUGACAUGACUGGCAGGAAUUUUCAUGAGGAUAGCCGUCUUGGGAGGAAGCUCGCGAAAGUCUUGUCACUCCUUGAACGCUAUUCGAGAUCAUCAACAUCUCUUCUGCCAGGAAUAUUUGGGUGA